UACUCCAGGACUUCUCUGACAAUCUGUUCAACCUAGACAACAACAUGUUCAAGCUCCUGCUUCUCGCCGCCCUCAUUCCAGCUGUUAUGCUGCAGAAUGCUGACAACUCCCCCCAUCAUGAGUGGAGUGCGGCCAGAUAUACCCAGUGCAAGGGAGGCCAACCGAUGCCACGUGCGGUUCGCAUUGAGAACUGCCCAGGCGACGUGUGCGACUUGCGCCGUGGAUCCAACGCCAACAUGGCCCUGGAUUUCACCGCAUCUGCAGUGUCUUCCACUCUACGCGUCACGGCAACGGCUUACGUAUUCGGAAUAGCGGUCCCAUACGAACUGCCCUCUAAUAUCGCCAAUGCCUGCGUCUGGUUGGACAGAGCGCGCUGCCCGAUCGACCAGGGCGAGGAGCUGUCCUACAUUCUGGAGUUUCCGAUCGGUCACAUGUACCCGGCAAUCAGUCUCGAAAUUGAAAUCAGCCUUUUGGACGAUGCCUCGAACUCGCAAGCGUGCUUCAAGAUCCAGGCUCAGGUGGUCUAGGUUGGCAUCGACUUGCGCACCUCCUCGAAAACUCCGCUUCACGGUUUUGUACGCUUCGAUUUGACCAAAAAUAUAAUAGCUAUAAACAGUUGAGUUAUUUUUUUAUAAAUGAAAAAAAAUAGUUGAUAUUUACUCUAAUUUUUAAACUUCAAUUAUAAAGUUCUUAUGAGCGAUCAGAGUAA